CGUUAACUUUUUGAUAGCUUUGAGGAUAAUUGAAGGAGUAUGCGAGGGUGCGUCAUAUCCAUCCAUGCAUGCACUUUGGGCCAAAUGGGCUCCUCCAGCAGAAGCGAGUGGUUUAUUGACAAUAUCAUUCACUGGAGGUUACAUAGGAGCGCUAAUUUCCAUGCCCGUAUGUUCUUUGAUAGCAACGACUAUAGGCUGGGAGAGUAUCUUUUAUAUCACAGGAGCUCUGGGUUUCGAUCUCAAUGCUACGGGAAUCAAUUCUGCCUUGCCGUAUUUAGCAAUCGCUAUAGCAACACCUCUAUGCGGACAAUUAGCAGACUGGCUGAUAUCUAAAAAGAUAUUCUCGGUAGUUCAAGUACGAAAACUUUGCACGAUAGUGGGAUUUACUGGCCAAACAAUAUUUCUGUUGAUGGCAGCAUUUUUUGCGUCCCCACUAGAAUCAACUAUUUUUUUCAUACUAGCUGUAGGUUGUGGAGGCGCAUCUUUGAGUGGAUUCAGUGUCAAUGUGUUAGAUAUUGGACGAAAAUACGCUGCCAUUAUUUUUGGAUUCAGUAACACGAUAGCCUGUAUUCCUGGUAUUGUGAGUCCUAUAAUAGCAGGUUAUAUUGUGAGAGAUGAGACAAAUGCAGAUCAAUGGCGGAUAAUCUUCUACAUAUCUUGUGGAGUAUACGUAUCGGCUACUAUGUUUUACGUAUGUUUUGCAUCGGGUCAAACAGAACCGUGGAGUGAAGAAUCCGAAAUCACCAGUGUUGGUUCUGAACAAUGUCAAAGUAGUGAUAAUACCACUACUAGACAUUAACGUGACUUAGUGUUUUCAUACAAUAAAAACAAAAAUCAGUGUUA